AGAAAUAAAUAUGGAAUCGUAUUCGUUUCGUUUUUCUUUCAUCUAAAUAGUCCGUCGUUGAUAUUUAUUUGCUUAUAUAUACAGUAUCUUGUAUUAAUUUAUGUGUAAUUCGUUGUGGAUAGCUUAUUUUAAGUGUUACAAUGAGUUCUAAAAAGGGAAGACGUCAUGGAAACAAAUAUUUUCCUAUAGCUGAAUCUGUGAGCAUAGCACUGAAGAUUCAGUUGGAUAAGUUCAUUAGUGAUGAAAAUGAGACUGAGCUUAAGUUUCCCACCUUCUUGUCGGCGCAAGAGCGAGGAUUCAUCCACGAGACUGUUGCUAAACUCGGGCUGAAGUCGAAAUCGCGCGGGAAAGGUGUGAAUCGCUACAUAACUAUAUACAAGAGGAUUGGCUCAACAAUAAUACAGAAUGAUGCCAAACUUAUAUUGGACUCCAACAUGCGAUGUACCAUCAAGGAGUUGCUCAGUGCAUUUCCAGUCACCAGUAAGGAGAAGGAUGACCUUAGCAGCUGUCCGGAGAAGGAAAGAAGUCCGCAGCUCACACAUAAGACCAUGGGGCAGCUGAAUAAUGGAGUUGCUCAGGUACCCAACACACAGUACAAUCCAGAUCUGUUAAAGUUCAGAGAGAAGCUACCAGUAUAUGAACAAAGGCAGGAGCUCAUCAAUGCAAUACUACAUAACCAGGUGAUAAUAGUAGCGGGCGCGACCGGGUGCGGUAAGACGACCCAGCUGCCGCAGCUGGUGCUGGACCAGUGCCAGGAACAGAAGCUGCCCGCGCGCAUCUACUGCACGCAGCCACGACGCAUCUCCGCUGUUUCAGUUGCUGAGAGGGUGGCAUACGAGCGCAUGGAGAAGAUAGGCCAGUCCAUCGGCUACCAGAUCCGCCUGGAGUCCCGCGUCAGUCCGCGCACCGUGCUCACGUACUGCACCAACGGAGUACUGCUCAGGACGCUCAUGGCGGGGGACGCGUCGCUCACAGGAGUGACGCAUAUAUUCGUGGACGAGGUGCACGAGCGCGAUAAAUUCAGUGACUUCUUACUGAUUGCACUCCGGGACGCCCUGCCGCGCUGCAAGGACCUCAAGCUCAUACUCAUGUCUGCCACCAUGGACACGCAGAUAUUCUCACGGUAUUUCAACAACUGUCCAGUGAUUACAAUCCCGGGUCGUCUACACGAGGUACAGAGGUUCUAUCUGGAAGAUAUCCUCAAGAUCUCACAGUACAAGACUCCUAAAAUGAUACAAGUUGAGAAGGAAUUGAAAGCCAAGCUGAAAAGUGGAAAUAGUUAUUGGUCUCAUCUCGAGGGUCAAAAACAAGACGACGCAGGCAGCAGUAAGGAUAUAAAGGAAGAUAAAGACAAUAUGAUGGAGCCUUCCUUACAGGCUGAUAUGGACGAGUUCCUCGAUGAAUGCUUCAAUGAAGGCACGCUGAUGAGUGACGAUGUGCCUUUAGGCUUAAUUCAUUCUGUCUCCUGCAUAAAGUCAUUGAGGGAAGUGGAAACUAUCGUUUUUUCUUCUCCUCUUAUAAUAUCUUCUGAUUCACUUCGUUGCGGGAACCAAGACAGUUAUUCAUGUUCCUGGGACGCGCCGGACUUCAGUGUCCCGGACUCGUUCACGCAGAUCCUGUACAUGUACAUCUCGGAGGGCGUGCCGGUGUCGUGCGGCCAGUCGCGGUCGCGGCGGACCGGCCUCAUGGCGGCCGCCGCGCGCGGACUCACCGAGACCAUCGCGCAGAUGUUGCAGAUUGGCGCCGACCCCACAGCAAAGGACAAAGACGGCAAAACAGCAUACGAUUACGCUGUAGAAAACAACCACACAGAUUGUGCCAAAUUAUUAUCCACAUUUAACUUAACCGAGGAACCGAAAGGCAACGCAGACGAUGAUAGUGCAGCGGACAACUUCCUUCUAGAUGUCUACCAUCAUACCAUGUCAGAAGAAUUAAUAGACCAUGAUCUCAUGCUAGCUUUAAUCAAAUAUAUCCAUGUGAACAUGCCAAAAGGCAGUAUCUUAGUCUUUCUACCCGGCUACGAUGAUAUAGUAACUCUAAGAGAUAUGAUCCAGUCCUGUUCAGACAUGAACAGUCAUAAGUACCAGAUUUUUACACUGCAUAGUAACAUGCAGACGUUGGAUCAGAAGAAAGUGUUCAAUCCCCUACCUAAUGCGAGGAAGAUUAUAAUUUCAACUAAUAUCGCUGAGACGUCGAUUACGAUUGAUGAUGUUGUGUAUGUGGUGGAUUCUUGUAAGGUAAAAGAGAAGUACUACGAGUCAGGUGGUGGAGUAUGUUCCCUACAAUGUGUGUGGACGUCUCGCGCCGGGUGUCAGCAGAGAGCUGGCCGGGCUGGACGGACCGCGCCAGGGAAGUGCUACCAUCUCUGCUCACGACGACGAUUCUCUACUCUACCACUAAACUCCGUCCCUGAAAUACUCCGCGUACCUCUACAAGAACUAUGUCUGCAUACCAAGCUCUUGGCGACUGGCAACACUCCCAUAGCAGACUUCCUAUCCAAAGCCCUAGAACCACCUUCCUUCUUAGCCGUCAGAAACGCCGUCUCCUUACUCAAGACCAUCGGUGCUUUAACUCCAAUGGAAGACCUAACUGAAAUUGGACAACAUCUUCUAGACCUUACCGUGGAACCGAAGCUAGGCAAGAUGUUGUUGUACGCGUGUGUAAUGAAGUGCCUCGAUCCUAUUCUAACGAUAGUAUGUAGUUUGGCCAAUAAGGAACCCUUCCAGAUAUCAAUGAACCCUGAAAAUAGAAAGAAGGGAAGUUUGGCUCGGAAGGAGUUCGCAGCAGACAGUUAUUCCGACCACAUGGCCUUGUUGAGGGCGUUCCAAGCUUGGCAGACCGCCAGGGCUAACGGGACAGAACGUGCAUUCUGUGCCAAGAACUUAAUCUGUGGUGCUACUAUGGAGAUGAUCGUAGGAUACCGGUCACAGUUACUGGCUCAGCUAAGAGCUUUAUGUUUAGUGAAGGCGCGAGGCUCCGGAGACAUAAAGGACGUCAAUCUCAACUCCGAGAAAUGGCACGUUGUGAAGGCUGUGUUAGUUAGUGGGUUAUAUCCCUCAAUAGCGCGCGUGGAUAGAGACUCCUCCACUUUGAGAACGUCGAAGGAAGUGAAGGUAGCCUUCCAUCCCAGCUCUACAUUACACCAAGGCGGGGGCAUCACUGGGUCACAGAAGUCUGUACACAACCUGCCCACUGACUGGGUGGUGUUUGAAGAGAUAUCCAGAGCUGGCAGGUUCUGUUUCAUUCGCUGUAAUACUUUAGUGACGCCUCUGACGGUAGCCUUGUUCGGUGGACCGUUGCGGUUGCCAAAUUCUGCCUUGACGCAGCGAGCCAACCCGCCCGGACUGUCCAGUGACUCCGACAGUGAGGCGGAUGAGAACAACGCGUCCCCUGAUGCCGCUGUCAUAACUAUAGACGACUGGAUGGCCUUCACUACUGAUGCUGCAGACGCUCUCAACGUAUUCUACCUCCGACAGAAACUCUGUGCACUAGUAAUACGUCGGAUGUCCAACCCAGCUAAACCUAUGACGCCUCUAGACGAGCAGAUACUAAGUACUGUAGUACAUAUAAUGGGCGCUGAGGAGAAGAACGUAGGUCUGAAUCAGCCGAGCGGUAUCGGACAGAGACCGAAACCUUUGACGGUAGACUCACCGAACUGGCGGUCGAGGCUGGAGAAUGACGAGCAGUAUCGUCACGACAAUAAGAAUUAUUACCCUCAGUACAAUCAGAAUGAGGGCGGAUUUCCAGGAGGGAACUUUUAUAACAAUGCCUAUGGGGGGUAUAGGAAUGGUCAGGGUAGGCCUGGGGGAUGGAGGAACGAUGUUCCUCAGCCAUUUUCUCCUCAGUCGUACAGCGGCCCCAAGAGUCCGAUGUCCCCCAACGGCAAGACGUUGCUGGCCAACAUAGAGAAGUACGGCGAGGGCGCGGAGGGCGCGGGCGGGGCGGGGGGCGCGGGGGGCGCGCGCUACUUCGUGUGUCGCGCGGACGACGCGCACGGCGUGGAGCUGGCGCAGGCCGCCGGCACGUACACCUUCGCGCAGAACACCGCCAAGAAACUGCAGAAAAUUAAACAGGAGGGUAAUCGCGUGAUAAUAUUCUUCGCAUGCGCGAGUGCGUUCAAGUUCAUGGGGUGCGCCGCCCUACAGGAUGGCGGAGCGCUAGAGUGGAUCACUACUGGACAUGUGCCUUUCCAUACUAUACGCAUGUCGACCCAUAAGCAACCUAUUUACUCGGGCCUUGAAGACACCCAGGUACCAGGUAAUACCCUUCAGGAAUACGCUUUUGCUCGGUGGGUGGUUAUGAAGCCCGCGGCCGAAGCCUCCACAUCGGCAACUCCCUGGCGGGCGGGGCCCGAGUGUGUACAAUGCGCGACGGGGCCGAGAUCUGCGCGGGCGCGGGGCGCGCGCUGCUGGGCGCCCACCAGCGGCGCCGCCACCACCACCCGCGCCCCAUACAGAAACACUCCAACGACUCCUGACCGCCCCGACACGGGCCACUGCAAAAGUAACUACUUCCUAGGUAAGGGUGCAUCACAACAAUCGAUCGAUCCUCGAUCAAUCCAAUCGACAUCGGUCGAUGUUUAUCGUUUAGUAUGAUAGCUUUAAUUGGUCGACGGAUUCCGAUUGACUAUCCAAUCGAUCGGUUGCCAAUCGAUGUCAGCGGUUGACAUUGAUCUAAUGGACAGUCAGAUAAUAGGGAGCCCAAGCACCUCGAGUGGUAUUGACUUAUCCAUUCUACCAUCGAUCAAUCGUCGAUCGACAAUCGGUCGAUUGGUCUGGUAGACUGGUAGAUAAUAUCGAUCAACGUCGACUUAUUCAUUCUAUGACUUUUUAUCAAUCGAUAACUUCUAUCGACGAUCGAUCAAUUGGUGUGGUAACACCCUAAGUUAUCUAACUUAUGUACCUACUCUGUCAUAUGAACGAACUUUUUAUAUUAUAACUCAUUUGUGACAUGUAAUUAGUUGUGUUUUAAAGUUUACUCACGUUACUGGUUGACUGGUAAAUUGAUUAUGUUUUACGAGGUAACUCGACUGGUUUCGAGACUAUGAUUAUAAGUACCUUACACAACUUGAAAUUGGUCGAGCCACCUCGUUAAAUAGUUAUGUGGUUAGACCGUAAAAUGUAAUUAAUUUGAUACAAGCGUCCUAUGAACUUAUUUGUAAUUCAUUAAUGUAUGAAAUUUUCUUUAGCUUGAAAAUAUGGGAGUAAGAUAAAAUACAGCUGAAGGUUUAGUAUGAAUUCGUUUUACGUUUAAUUAGAUCGAAACGAGACCGCGUUCGUUGCUCUGAUUGGCCGGCUUACUUUAAAAGUAGAACAAAACUCGUACUGAGCC